AUGGAGCAGCCUGUCCGUCGUCAUCCGCGCUUGCCUGUGUCGCUGCUGUUGCUCGCAAGCAUGGCGAGCAUCUUGCUGAUCACUGUCUAUAUCAACAGUAGACUCAUCGGGAACUCCUCCAUCGGUCUCAGCGACAGUUUCGAUGCCUUUCGGUCCAGGACGAACAAUCUACGGCUUCAAACCGGAGCUAAUGUCGACGACUCAGCAUUCAAGAGUACACCCGUGCAUCCAGAGUCUCAAUUCUACAAGCGCGGACAGAACUUCGACGCAAGCGUGAGUCGCGACCGCGGUAUCAUGAUCUGUAUGCACGACGGGGUACUGGACAUGGGAUUGUCACUUAUUCGGGAGCUGCGCUGCCUUGGCAACCAAGAGCUCAUUCAGAUUUAUCACUGCGGAGAAGAUGAAUUGUCAAAGAGAUCUGUCAGCCUACUGUUCAGUCUUGACGACCGCGUUGAACUUGUGGACGUGUGCUCCGAUCUUUCAUCGCGAAACGUGAUCUCCAGUAACUUGACCGCUCAAUUCCAGAGUUGGUGGAUCAAACCACUUGCUAUGUAUCACACAGAUAUUCGACACGUGAUGUUACUAGACGUAGACGACGUCAUCAUGAAAGACCCUGCUGUUCUUCGCCAUCUUGACGGAUACGUGGAAACGGGAACUACUUUUUUCUAUGAUCGCGUUGUUCAGAAGAAGAAAUUCCUCAAUGGAAACGACCAUGGGAGGUAUUAUCUACGGAGAUUACUUCGGGAGUUUGACUAUGCGAGGUUCACUGUGUCUAGGGGCUUUGCUCCAUCGAAGCAUUUACUCAGCACGUUCGCGUACAAGGGUAAAUCCUGCCACGAAAUGGACUCCUCAAUGGUGUUGAUUGACAAGGAGCGUGCAGGAAAGACCGUCAUGAACAUUAUACUCUGGCUUGUUACGGAAGAACGUUUCCGCUUCAAGUAUUCGUGGGGUGAUAAGGAGACGUUCUGGUUGGCAUUCGAGCUGGCUCAUGUGCCGUAUACUUUCUCGCCCUGGGGCGUUAGUGUGGUCGAUUCAAUGCCGAAUGAGGACAUGAAGAGACAUCCCGACGCACUUUGUGGGAGUAUUUUACAGUUCUUGCCUGUUGAGAACAACGAGACAGAGAUACUGUACGUCAACGGCAAGGCGCUGAUCGACCCAUACCCGCAGGGUGUUGCCUACAUCCGCAAGGCAAAGCAAAACAACUUGUUCAAUAUGCUGCCGACGCACAUGACGCCUCGACAGCGCCGCAGAGAAGUGAACACUACGACGGAGAAAUUCAAUAUUGAGUGUCUUGUUGGAAUGGGUUCGACUCCAUUACCCACUACUUUCUCCCACAAUCUAUUGCGUCGCCGCCUGCAUUUUCUCGGAGUUGCCAUGGACGUUAUUGGCUCUCUGCAGCAUUGCGAAACGUAUAAUCAAGAAGGAGCCCACCAAUACUAG